ACCUUCCCUACACUUCACUGUCAAAAAUUAAAGGUUAUGAAAAUUAAUUAAGAGAAUGCAAUCAAAGUAAAUGAAAAAACUGGCUCACGAGUAAUUACUACCAUUCCAUUAUAAAGUAACCUCAAGAAUUCAAUGAUAACGAUAAUAUCUUCCAACUUUAUUUCAUUCGAAACUAAUAGGUGGUCAGAGUUAUGUUUUGUGAUAAUUUGAAGGAGUAUAGAUAUUAAUUGCAACAUGGAAUUUGCCGAAUUGAUAACAUCCCCAAAUUUGGACCGCGUAAUACUUCAAGACUCGUUAAAGAAUUCAAUAGAAGGAACUUUAUGCAUUACAGGUCAUCAUCUUAUCUUAUCUUCAAGAAAUGAAUCUCUUCCUGCUCAAGAAGUUUGGCUUCUCCAUCAGUGCAUUGAUAAUAUUGAGAAAAAACUCACUAGCAGUAGUACUAACAGUGGCGGCAUCAUAAUUAUAAAAUGCAAGGAUUUUCGUAUAUUUCAAUUGAUAAUAUCCAAUACUGAAGAUCUCCUCAAUGUGUUCUCAUCCAUUGAACGACUGAUUAAUUUAGACAAAACUGACUUACUCUAUCCCUUUUUCUAUCGGCCUUUGUAUAAUAUCUUAGAAGAUGGACAUACUUGCUAUAAGCCAGAAAUAGAAUUCUCUAAGUUACUUCAAGGUGAUGAAUGGAGACUAUCUCACAUCAAUAGCAAUUAUAGUGUUUGUUCUUCAUAUGGGGCUACGUUAGUUGUUCCAAAGUCAAUUGAUGAUGAAACUAUCUCAGCAGCCGCUUCAUUCAGAGAAGGAGGCCGAUUUCCAAUUCUCAGUUAUAAGCAUGAAAAUGGAGCGGUGCUUCUGAGAAGUAGUCAACCUAUGCUCAACAAUAGCAAUAGAAGAUGCAGAGCCGAUGAAAACAUCUUAAAUGCAGUAUUAGGGCAAACUAGAAAAGGUUAUAUAAUUGAUACAAGAAGUACAAAUUACACCAACAAUUGUAAAGCAAAGGGUGGGGGUACUGAACCUGAGGGGCAUUACACCCAAUGGAAAAAAGUUCAUAAGCCUAUGGAUAAAAUUUCUAAAUGCAAUGGAUCUCUCUUAGACAACUUAGCGAAACUUAUUGAUGCAUGCAAUGAUUCAACUUCCUCUUCUGACAAAUGGCUCUCUAGAUUGGAAAGUAGCAAUUGGUUAACACAUGUUCUGAAUGUUUUGAACGGAUCUUGUUUAGUUGCUCAAUGUUUGGCUCAAGAUGGCGCUACUGUUUUGGUUCACGGGUCCACUGGAUUAGAUUCAACAUUACUCUUGACUUCCAUUGCUCAGAUUAUAUUAAACCCUGAUUGUCGCACAGUUAGGGGUUUGCAAGCGCUCAUUGAACGUGAAUGGUUGCAAGGUGGUCAUCCCUUUCAGUUGAGAAACUCGAAAUUCUGCUUCUCGAAUUCAAGAUCCAAAUAUCAGCAGCCGACAUUCCUUCUAUUUUUGGAUUGUGUACAGCAACUUCAUUACCAGUUUCCUUGUAGCUUCGAAUUCAAUACAGAUAUGUUGAUACUCCUUUUUGAACAUUCCUACUUCAGUCAGUUUGGCACCUUCCUUGGUAACUGCGAGCAGGAUAGAGUGAACUUAAAGCUAGCUAAACAAACUACUAGCCUAUGGUCUUACUUGAAUCGUCCCGAUGUGCUUACAUCAGUAUUAAAUCCUCUGUAUGAGCCAAAUAAAGGUCCUAUUUGGCCAAGUGUAGCACCAGUGAGUUUAGUUCUGUGGCGGGAUCUCUACUUAAGAUGGGUAGUUACUUCUUCUACCAACAAAGUGAGGGAAAAGGUAGGUAAUAUACUAGAAAAGCAUAAAGAAAUCCGUAGUCAAGUUAUUAAAUUGCGUAAGACUGUUGCAGAAGCUCAGGAAGAAUAUGAUGAAUUGAAAAGAAAAAGUAUUGAAAAAUGUGAUGAGUAAUGUUUCUCAUUCCAUUAGUAUUUUUUUAAAAGAAAAUUUUUCUAAUAGAUUCUAUUUGUAGUGUCAUUUUGAUUAUAAUGUUUAUGAAAUAUCUUAUAUUCUAAAAUUAACCCUCUCAGAUAUUAUUAAUAUUUUUUUAUUAUGUUAAACUCUUCAUAUUAUUAUUGAUUUCAAUUAAAUAUAUAACUGUAUACAGAAAUGUACUGGUUUUUGCUCAUGAGAAAUUAAUUACAAAUUUUCGGAAAAGUUAUUAUUAUUAACCUUCUACAUCUCAAUUUUUUUGAUUAUACAAAUAAUAUUCUUUCACUGUAAACGACGAUAAUUCUCUCAUUUUUCUGCAAAAAACUCAUAUUUCUAGAACGCUUUAUAAUUAUAUUAUUACAUAUGUAUUACACUAUCUCUGCUACUUCAUAUUCUGAGUCAGGAAUUUCAAACAAACAUAUUUACCUAAGUUCCUUAUGUCUAUCGCUUACAUAUCAUUCCUGACAAUCAUUUUAUUUUUUGGGAAAUUCUAUUCUUAUCAUCUCGAAUAAAGAACAACAGCAACAUUAAUCUCAUCAUUUUUUUCUGAUAUGAAUAGAUAGAGAAAUAAUUGGUAUAUGUUGUUUUGCAGAGUUACCUCUUUUUUAUUAAUUCUAGACUAAAUAUGCAUUUUUGAGGAAACAUCUAAUUAUUAUAAGAUCACUGAAGUACUAAAAUUUUUCUAUUUUGUUAUUGCUCCCAUAUUGUUUAUUAUUUUAUCAAUUAAAACGCUUUAUUAUAUGGUAAAUAAUUAUAUGCAUUUUUACCUAUUUGGUUGGAGUAAAUGAUUAUACAAGACCAGUUAUUCUAAACUUAUUCGUUAAAGAAAUGGUGCUAAACUAUUCAAUUAUAUACCAAGUAUAAUUUCAUAAAGAUAAUAUGGCCUUUAUAAAAUGUCAAUAUAAAUUAAAAAGUUUUUAAGCACUUUUCGGCCUUAAAUUUUUGAAAUUAUUAUGCAGAAUCAUACAUGUGCUGUGAUAUAAAAUUUUGACUAAAUUUCUUCGUACUGCUUCACAAUGAGGCUAGAAUCAAAUUAACCACUCUUUUUCAUAUCUAUAGUAUAUUUUAGCAUGCUUGUAUUUGAUAUCUGAAAGAAUUGGGAGCUGAUAAUUUCAAUGUUUUGUGUUCAUUAGUUCAAUUUUUUUAUUAUUGAUAAUAUAAGAUGAGAGUUUAAUACCAAAAAAACCUUUUUUUCUUGGAUUAUGUAAGGACAAAAUGGCAACUUGACUGCCAUUCAACUCUCUUUCAAUGUAUUAUAAAAUAUCAAUACUUGUACAAUAAGAGUGUGCUUAAUAUUAUCGACAUAUUUGAAUAUAAUGAUGGAAUAUCACUAGAUACGUGUUAAUAUCUUUUUUAAAUUUUAUUAGAUAUUGAAGUACUGCUAAAAAUCCAUCGUCUCUGCACUGAUCACUUUCAUAAUAUCGUCCAUUAGGUUUGUUCGAAUUUACCAGUUUGGAAUCCGAAGAAGCCUAAUCAGUUUGAACGCCAAUUAUCAUAACUGACUGUGCGUGGUUUUAUUUCAAACUAGAAAUUUUUCGUUUGACAAUAUUUUGAUAGGAAGAAUGGACUUAUUGCUUGAAUUGAAAUUUAUCAUGAAAAUUAUUUUAUUUCAAUUCAAUUAUCAAUUUUUCAUUCUUACUAUAUAUACAUAACAAAACUCAUCGUUGAUUUUCAAAUGAAGCGUACUACAAGUAUUUCAAUUCUGAUGAUUGUGCAGAGAGCAAUUAUGAUUCAAAUAUUAUAGUACUUAGCCAAAUAUGUAAUUAAUUAUAUUAUGUGAUAACUAUUGAAUAGAAAUAUAUUUUAUUUAAAUAUCAA